AUGGAGAAGAAACUAAUUAUUAAAAGAGAUAAACAACCUAGUGUGAAGCUUCCUCUAAUAGACGGCGCUAGUUCUGAUGUUAGACGUACAAUUCUUGAUACAGAUCCACAUUUUUACUCUUUGAUUGACGGAAGACCCAUCAGACCAAACAAAUCUAUACUCAAAUAUAAACAGGACAUAAGAAAUAUAGCCUUAAAACGGACGGUUUGCGGCUUUUUAACUGACGAAAUAUUACGAAUAGACAGAGAAAUUGAAACGGAGAGUAAGAUAUAUGAAACAGCUUCGAAACAUUUUAAUGAAUAUCAAUAUAGCUUUGAUAAAUUCUUAGCACACGAUAAUAACAAAACGAUAUCAAUAAUGAGAAAAUCUGAUAACCUAUCAAAAGAUUUGACUAAGCAAGUUGAAGAACACAAAGCAGCUAAUUACGAAUACGCAACACUCAAAUCUAAAUUACAAUAUAUAGAAGAGACAUUACAAAUUAUGGUUUCCUUUCAAUUUUUUUUAUAUAAUGCAGCUCCUAUUAUGUGGCGAGAAACAGUGCCAAAGCCAGUCGAUAAAGCAGAUAUUUUGGAAUCUGAUUCAAAUAUAUUUUCAAAAAUUGAUAUAAAUGCUGUUAAACUAAGAUUAAGUCAACUAGCCCAGCCGUGUCUUUAUUUUGAAACUCCUAUUCAGUUGCUUAAUGUUUUCAAUACUCUUGAGAAACAGAAUUUGAAUUACUUACUGGUGACUGAGGAGUUGAAUGCGGAAAAGCAACAGUUUCUAAUGUCUGUUCAACGUCUGAAAAUUCUGAUGGAUAUGGAACUAAACUUUAUUCAACAAAAGAUAAGAGAAAUCGACGAUAUUAUCAAAUGCAACGUAUCAAGAGAGUUAGAGCUUCAACAUGCAUUUUAUAAACUUCUUAAUAAAAACAUUAAGUAUUUAGUGUCAUCUAAGACGGCCCUUCAGAUUUUCAACUACGUUGAAUUUGCUUUUGAGGAAAUAAUUGCUCCCAAUGAAACUAAUCUCAGUUCUCUGGAAAUGAUGUUACUUGUUUCGGAUUGGAAUACUGAGGACUGUACUAAAACUGCAUCUAUGACAGUCUAUGGAACGUUACAAACCCCAGAACAAGAACAACUCACAACCACGCCCAAAGAAGUUUAA